ACUGAGCAACAGAGCAAAGAAAACAGACCUGUUUGUCUCACUGAAACCAGGAAACCAAUCAAAGAGCUGAAGCAACACAAGUAGGAACAGAAAGGGUAACCUGAAGAGACAGUCAGAAGAAGAAGCAGCUCUCUUUCCACUGCGCUUCAUGUUGAUUUGCCUGCUCCGUUGACCCUGAGAAUGUAGGACUGUUAUGCUGCUGAGAAAAAUACUGGAGAUUGCAUCCAUUCUUCUUUUCAAGAUCGGACAAAGGAGCUAGAAGAGGAUAGCAGUGUUAACUUUGGUUUUGAGAACUCCAUAUUUUUGAGGCUGCAGUAGCAUGCAAAGCCCAAUACAGAACAAUGUGAUGUGUAUUGGGUGGACCAAAAAGUUAGGAUGCAGCGCAUUCAGUUUAAGUUGAGGACUCACCAAGGUUAUUUCACAGACUGCACACGUCAGUGUUAACAAUCAAAAACCUGAAUCAUAAAAUUGAUUCAUUAGCUCCACCCAUCUCCUGCUUAUCAAUUCACGUGCAUUCAAAACUGAACUUCAUCACCUCAUGACACAGUUUAAUGUUUGUAGUUGCACGCCCUCUUAUGCAUACACAUACUGAAACACUGAAGUUUAAGGUACUUUUUGCUUCAAUUCACUUUAAAACACACAACUAGCAACUUUAUGGCAAACGUUGGUCCAGGAGCCUCGAGGAGCACCAGAAUGAGCUCUAAGCCAAUGACCAGUGAAGACCUGCGGCUGGUGGAGAAGACCCUUAAAAGACUGGAAAGGCUUGCAGAGCAGUGCUCAAACCCCCGACUGGGCCUGAGGAACAGUCCACCAUACCUGCCAGAUCUGGUUCGAGAGACUUCGACUCUGCUUAUGCAGGUAUGGCAGCCCUAUCAGGAUGUUAGGUCAGGAGGAGGCCUGGCUCCACGAGGGGAUGAGGCCAGGUAUCUGAGAGUCCAUAUCAGAAACCUGCUGGAUAAGACGGACAGGGCCACGCUGCUUUUUAAAGAGGGGAAAGAGAAGAUGUUUGAUGAGACUUCCAGCUAUAGGAGGAAUCUGACCAAACUGUCCCUGCUGUUCAGUCACAUGCUGUGGGAGCUGAAGGCCAUGUUUCCAGGGGGAUAUUUUCAGGGUGACACCUACAAAGUGACUAAGAGUGAAGCAGAUCAGUUCUGGAGACAUUGUUUCGGAACCAUGUGUAUCGUGCAGUGGAGAAAAUUCAAAGAACAGCUGAAGAGUGUGCAUCCAUUUGAGGAAUGGAUGGAGGCCAUGGCUCUGAAAUCAACAAUUGACCUCACCUGUAAUGACCACAUCUCAGUGUUUGAGUUUGAUAUUUUCACAAGGCUGUUUCAGCCUUGGAGAUCACUUAUAAGAAACUGGAACCAGCUCGCUGUGACACAUCCAGGCUACAUGGCCUUCCUCACCUAUGACCAAGCCGUAACACGACUUGAACACUACCUGCACAGACCUGGGAGCUUCAUCUUUCGUCUGAGCUGUACCAGAAUGGGUCAGUGGGCCAUUGGCCAUGUGACCCCUGAAGGAGACAUCAUCCAGACCAUCCCACAGCACACACCUCUCUACCAGGCACUCAUCGAGGGCUUCAAGGAGGGCUGGUCAGCACAAGCACACACAGAUGGACGUGACAUGAACCCUGACCUGACAAGCUUGUGUGAACCGACCAGCAGGGAAAAAGUCCAAGUUACAGAAGAGCAGUAUGAGCUGUACUGUGAGAUUGGAAGCACUUUCCAGCUGUGUAAGAUCUGUGCAGAGAGGGAUAAGGACAUUCGGAUUCAACCUUGUGGACAUCUCCUGUGCCAGCCUUGUCUCACAGGGUGGCAGCAGAAGUCAGCCGGCCGCACUUGCCCGUACUGCCGCUGCGACAUCCGGGGGACGGAGUCUGUCCUCAUAGAGCCCUACCUGAAAGUCAGCCAUCAGUGGGUGGAUGAUGAUGAUGAUGAUGAUGACGACGACGACGGUGAAGAGGACCAUGAGGACAUUGAGGUGGUAGUAAAGGAAAUGGCUGCCCUCAGGAAGUUUUCAAGUUUGGACUCUCAGAUCAACAGUUCUCACCUCAGAGCUCCGCCGCUACCCCCGAAAAACAUCGCUACCCUAAACUGCCCAUCUCCGUCCGGCCAAUCUCAGACAUCGGAAACUAACGUGGUUAGCAGACAUGCCCACUCUUAUGAUGCUGUCAGUGGCAGACCACAAGCAAUCAGUGCUGGAUUCUUCAGAGAAGCCCCUUCCUCUUCCUCCUCUCUGAAUGCUGUAGAGUCUGCAGCAGCAUGGAUUGGACCUUCCAGUCCAGUCGCAGAGAGAAGACGUCAAGAGACAGAGAAAAUCAGAGCAAGACUCAGAAAAGACAAAACUAGCUUGGGAGAAAUAACAAGAACCAUGUCUUCCUGAUUGAUGUAACAAACAGAACUGCAACAUCUGAAAUCUAGGAAAUGUUUAAUAGAGAAACAAAAGGAUAUUGAGAUAACAUUUGAAUGAUGAGACAAAAGUGAAUGUAACAAUAUUUUUGGCUCAUGUUUGAAUGAUUAUGCCUGCUGCAAACAGUUCCAGUCAAGGUUUACAUGAACUCAUUGGCAGUAAUGCCAUAUCCACUGCUGGCUUUUAAUGAUUUGUUCUAUUCUUUUUUUCCAGAUGGAUUGAUAACACAACAUAGAACUUUAGUGAAUUUUUUUAACAAGCUUUUGAUGCACACAUUUACAUUUAUUGUGGAUUGUAUCUUGUCUACUCAAUGUUAUAAAGAUAUAUACAGGCUCAAAAAGUGACAUACACCCCUACUAAUAUUUCAUGUUUCUUAACAAGUUGCAGAAAAGGCAAGCCAUUUUCGUAGCCUUCAACAAGGUCAUGGCAUAAUUCUUUAUAAAAAUGGUAUAUCUGAUUGGGUUGAUUUCCUGGCACUGGAAAGAGUCCACAAAUUAAAUAUUUUUCUGUUUUGAUACAGUAGGUUAGAUUAAUGUUAGCCUACUGUAUUCAUUCCAAAAUCAGUAUCGUUGUGAUCUUUGUCCUAGUGGAACAUCAAAUUGAGUUGAAGUUUCACCCAUCUGACCCAAACACACAUUCAGAUUGAGAGAAAUAGAAGAAACCAAGCCCAUCAUAAAUUCAAAGAUGCUGGAACACCUGUCACACAGUCUACAGUGAAAUGAGUUUAACAUCAGUACAGAAUGAGAGUGUCAAACAAGAAAAAAGUUCCUUCACAAUGUCUUAAGCCAGACUGAAAUUUGCCCACAAGCAAAAGACAUAUGUCCAAAUACUGUUAAGGCUGUAUUUGUAUAUUUGAGCCUGUAUGUAUUACAGAAAAUCCAAAAUAAGUUCCAAAAAGGAUGGUUCAAAUAAAUCAUCAAAAGCCAAAAACUAAUUUGAUCUUCAUGUAAAUAAUGGUGCGUAUGUAAACUUCUGAUGAGAACUGCCGCUGAAAAAGAGGAGUUGGUGAGAAUCCCGCUGUGGCCACCUGCUGUUCUGUAAUCACAUUGACAUUACCAGCAUGGUAAAUUCAGCUCUAAUUUUCAAACACAGCCUCCCACGCCAUCUUCUUUGCAAUCAAAGCAUUUAAUGAGCCUCCCAGAAAUAAAAUAAUUGAGCUUGAAAUUUGUAUUAUGAAGACAGAAAGAAGCUGCCUGCUUGCCAGGAGCAAUUAUAGGUAAAUGCUAUCUCAUUUGUUAACCACAUUCAAACAUGAAAGGAAAAGCUUGUGAAUUGUUUUAUUGUCAGGUUCUGGAGUUUAACCCGAGCUAUUUCAGACCUAUUAGUAUUGACUUACUAAGGAAAUUGUGUUUUACACCCUUA